CAUGUAAAGAAGUAUCUUGCAUUUUAUCUUUUGCAGAUGAACUACAUCUCAACAGGAUUUUAUUUCUUCAUUCUUCAUCUCUUCUGUGAUUUCCCUCUCUUUUUUUAUCCUGACCUCAACUGUUUAUGACUUUGACUGCUGUUCCUUCUAAUCUCAAUUUAAUUUCAUCUGUAAUUAUGGCUACACCCCCUGGGGCUAGAGGUACAAAUUUGAAAGGAAAAGCCCAGCUAAAUUCUAAUUCAAAAACUAAUAAAACAUUAUUUUCAUCUGCUUCACAAUCUUUUCUAAAUUUCACCACUAAGAAACUUAACAGUAAAGGUGCAGUUUCAAAGGCAUCUAGUGUAGAAAACAAGGAAUUUCCACAUACAUUAAAUAAAGAGAGUUUUGUGAGUAAAACUUUCAAUUCAUCAAAAACUUCUCAAACAUUUGGAGCAAAUUCAACAGGGAAAGCUACUGGUGAAUUUUGUUGUAAAAGGAAAGGAGUUUCUGUGUCUUCAAAUAAUAUUGGUGCAUCAGAUAAGAAAAAAUUGCAAAAAUCAGAACAAAAAUUACAGUCAAAGAAUGAUGACACAGUCAUAAAAAAUUUUAAAGCAAAAAGAUUUUUUAGUUGCAGUGAUAAAGGAAAGAACAAAAGUCUUGUAAACAGUAAAAAAACUUCCACUAGUAAAUUAUGUAUUUCAUAUUCAAAAAAUAAAAAUGCUGAAGAUAAAAUAGAUAAAGUUAAAUAUAAAAAAGAUAAUGAAAAUAAAAUCUGUGAAAAGGAUAAUGAUCCAAAUUUAACUCUUCAAAAUCUGUGCAAAAGUGAACAAGACCAUGCUGUUUCAAAAGAGGAUUCUUUUUCUAAUAAUUAUAAUUUUACUAAAUCUUUAAGUGAUGAUACUUCAACGAGACGACAAAUUAAAGGUCGUCAAAAUAAUCCUGAUAUCAAAUCUGAUUCUGAAUUAUAUGGAGAUAUUCACUUAAAAUCUGUAUUGAAAGUAUUAAGAAGCAAUCUUAGUCCAGAGGAGAAACUAAGUGCAAUUAAAUAUAGUCACGAUUACUGGCAGAAAAUUAAAAAUGGAGAAAUAGCAUGUGACGAUUUAGAUAAGUUUACUGAGAAUAUAACAUUAAAAUCUUUAACUAAUUCUGUUAGAAGGAAGAAAUUUGAUAGGUUAACUACAGAUCAUGAAAUAUUUGCCAAAUCAAAUAUUAAAGAAAAAUGUACAAAAACUGGAAUGAAAACAUUAAAUAAAAUGACUAGUUUACCAGUAUGUUUGAAUAUGCCUAAAAGUAAUUCUGAACAAAUUGCAUUAUCAAGUAAAUUAGAAGAAGAAAUAUUGGUUACUCAGUUGGAAAAUGAACAUGUUGAAAAUUCUGCUUGUAAUAUCUCUGUUAAUGUUUCUGAAAGUGCACAAUUAGCAAAAGGAACUCCACCACCAAAAUCACCUGUAACUAUUCAAGAUUGGGUGAACUCCAUUGAUUUGACAACAGGAGAUGAAAGGGCUGUUUUAUGUCCAAAACCCCUCUCUCUUGAUAAACAUAAAAAAGCUUCAUCUAUGUUGGAAUCACCUACUGACAAUGAGUUUCACAGUCCUGCAGAAAAUGAAAAUGUUCAUGAUGGAUCAACAGAGGAUACUUUAACCCUGGGAGCAGAAGCUCACAAUUUACAUGGUGUUCAUGGAUAUAUAGCAGGCAAAAGGUCUGCUGAUGCAUCUCCUAGUACCUUAUCACCACAACCAAAUAAAAUUACUCUUGAUGAUUUGCGUUGUAAACAAAGUAGUUUUAAUUCAGAAACAUCGGGUAUCUCUGGUAUAUCAAGUAUAUCAAGUGUUGAAUCUCUUCUUGAAGCUCGUAGAGAGGAUCCAGAAGAGAUUUUAUUAGCACUUGGAUUUGGUGGAAAGCAGAGUUAUGAUCCUCUCUCUAGGAUUCCUCAACGCUUCUUGAAACAGCAUUCUCAAGUUCGAGGAGUUGAUAUUAAUACAUUUUUACAACAGCAAGAGGAUUUAUAUCAUCGACAUGAUAACAGUUCUCUUGGCUACAUGGGUCUUUCAGGUCAGUAUGAAUCACAAAUUGGAAGUAGUUGGAGCUUGCCUGCUAUGAGCAAGCAAGAGAACUGUAUAAAAGAUAUUAUCAUACGAAAUAUUGAUUCUCAUUCAGAAGGUGCACGGAAAUCUAAGAAAAAAAUGGGUGUUAAAUUUGUAGAUGGUGUAGAUAACGAAUUUUUACAUCAGCAAUCAUCUGACGAUAAGACAAUUCCUUGCAUAUCUGUGACAAUAAGUUCUGAAGAUUCAAAUCAAGUUCAUGAAACAGAAAAAGAUUGGUGGCAGCAAUAUGUAGAAAAAUCUGAUGUUACAGUUCUUAAUUUUAAUGAUAUUCAAAGUAAUUGUAACUAUUCUUCAACUGACAUUUGUGGCAGUUUUAAGCUUCAGUCAUCUCAGAAACCUUCUCCACAUUUAGAUGGUCAACCUUCUUCUGCAAUAGCAAGCAGAAUUUUAGAUAGGUUAGGUAGUAAUGAUAAAAAACAGAGAAAAUCAUCUGCAGGAAGUUCCACUUCUCUUCAAGAUAUUAUAUCUGUAAUGAAGGCAGCAUCUGCCUUCCGUAGUGGUAAAAUGAGACAUAGUUCUGAUAGCAUUUUGGACCCUGCUAAUCGGGAGUUUUUGGAAAAGCAGGGGAAAGAAGAUCCUUUAGAAAAGCCUAAGAGAUUAAUAAUUGGAAGGCAUACAUAUAGUUUUGACCAGGAAGGAGGUCUGAUACAAUCAUCAGAAAUUACUCCAAGUGAUGAUUCAGGCUCAUUGCCACGUUCUAAGACUUCAAAAUGGAAAAUGAUGUAUCAAAAAUUAGAGGAUGACAAAACGUGUGUUGAAGAACUUGAUGAAGAAACUCUAAAAGGUCAAAAUCAAAAUCGUGAUGAUAAAGAUGACAAAUCAGUGACAAAACAUAAAUUUUUACAGUCUGAAUCCUCAAAAAGAAGGCCGCUUAUAUGUAGGCAGUCUAGAAUAGAUGAUGAUGAUACUUUUGACAAAAAUCCUGAGGAAAAUUCAAAGAAUGAAAAUGUGCCAUGCUUUUCUGGAACUGUACAUAAAAAAAUUACAUUAAAAUCAAAUAUUGAAGCAAUUAAAGGAAGUAAGAAGAAAAAUGAUAAUCAGUAUAAGGAUUCAUUUGAACUAGAUGAGCUUUCACCUGCAGAAGGUAUUGAUAUUGAAGUGCCUAAUCAAGAAAAUGAAUUAUCUGCAGAAUUUGAAGGUCCUUGUAAUUGUUCUGAUAGCAGUGGAUUUGCAGAAGAUGCAAUAUCAGAGAAUAUAUCUGCAGCAGAACAUACUAAAAAACAAUUUGAUGAAUUAUAUACUUUGGAAUCCCAAGAAAAUUUAAUAAAUAACAAUGCAUGGAAAAAUAAUAUAGAUUCACAGAUAAAUAAUAAUACUAAUGAACAAUUUGAAAAUGAUAAUGAUAAUGUGAAAGACUUAUAUAAAGAAAAAUCAUCAAGAUUAAAGAGGGCCUUUUCUUUUGUACAAGGAGAGAAAAACUCCGAUUCUUCUAGUUCAUCUGAUCAAAGACGACAUUCAGCUAUUGUUCCUGGAGAAUUAAUUUUCUCACAACUACAGAGAAGAAGCUCUCUUUGGCAUUUGCAUCCUCCAUUAUGGUGGAAUAAUUUAAGUGAUUUAUCUUACAUAUCAUCAAGUGAAGCAACAUUAACCAGUCAUCAUAGUAUGGAGAAAGUUAGUGAUGAUGCAUCUAGUCCAAACAAAGAGACAGAAGCUGCUACAGCAAGAUUUAUUUCUACACAAAGUAUUUGGAUUUCAGAUAUUAAAAAAGAUGAUAAAAACUCAGAUUCUAAGGAAAACAAUAUGAAAACUGAUAAAUUAUAUUCACAUGAAGAUUCCCAAAAUAUAAAAGCUAAAACAUUCCAGUAUUGUUCAUCUGCAUCAGAAAGUGCGCUUAUUUCCUCAUCCACAAUAGAAGAAGAAUUUAAAAACUUUCCAAUUGUAAGUUAAAUUCUCAAUAAUUUA